AUGAAGGCGUCGAUUAUGUUGUUGAGUUGUUGGGCUGAGGUGAUCAGAGAAGGCAGUAACAGAGGUGGGGGAUAUUGGGUGGCUGAGAUGGGUUGUGACAGGAGGGAUGGGGCUGAGAUGGGUGGGUGGGUGGAGGAGGAAAAGGUGGGUGGGUGGAGGAGGAAAAGGUGGGUGGGUGGAGGAGGAAAAGGUGGGUUGUGGCAGUUGGCAUGGUGGGCUUGUGGGGAAGAGGGUGGGUGUUUAAAAAAAAAUCAUUUUUCAUUUCUACAAUUAUAA